CCUGGGAAGCGACGGCGCGCGAGGCCGGGUGGGGGAGGCGGCGGCCGGCGCCCGAGCUUAUCUCUCCCGCCGGAGGAAGAGCCGCGUCCGCUCGGCCCGCUCCCCUCAGGCCCCGGCCCGGCCCCAAGCCCGCUCCUAGACCAUGGUCUCCUUACUCUCUGACUUGGACCCCUUGAAAGACUGGAAAGUUUUAAGAGAGACCGCCACAGAGUUAGCUGGAAGUCUACCAAGUAACGGCACAGCCAACAAGAUGAACGGAGCUUUGGAUCACUCAGACCAGCCAGACCCAGAUGCCAUUAAGAUGUUUGUCGGACAGAUCCCCAGGUCAUGGUCAGAAAAGGAGCUGAAAGAACUUUUUGAGCCUUACGGAGCCGUCUACCAGAUCAACGUCCUCCGGGACCGGAGUCAGAACCCUCCCCAGAGUAAAGGUUGUUGUUUCGUAACAUUUUAUACAAGAAAAGCUGCACUUGAGGCCCAGAAUGCACUGCACAAUAUUAAAACUUUACCUGGGAUGCAUCAUCCCAUUCAGAUGAAACCUGCAGAUAGUGAAAAAUCAAACGCUGUGGAAGACAGAAAAUUGUUCAUAGGAAUGGUUUCGAAGAAGUGUAAUGAGAAUGAUAUCAGGGUGAUGUUUUCUCCGUUUGGCCAGAUAGAAGAAUGCCGGAUUCUCCGGGGACCCGAUGGGCUGAGUCGAGGCUGUGCGUUUGUCACAUUUUCUACAAGGGCAAUGGCACAGAAUGCAAUCAAAGCCAUGCAUCAGUCUCAGACCAUGGAGGGCUGCUCUUCACCUAUCGUGGUGAAGUUUGCUGACACUCAGAAGGACAAAGAGCAAAGGCGUCUGCAGCAGCAGCUUGCACAACAGAUGCAACAGCUCAACACUGCCACCUGGGGGAACCUGACGGGUCUGGGCGGACUCACUCCGCAGUACCUGGCGCUUCUGCAGCAGGCCACCUCCUCCAGCAACCUGGGUGCAUUCAGUGGCAUUCAGCAAAUGGCUGGCAUGAAUGCUUUACAGUUACAGAAUCUGGCAACGCUGGCUGCUGCUGCAGCCGCAGCCCAGACCUCAGCCACCAGCACCAAUGCAAACCCUCUCUCUACCACAAGCAGCGCCUUGGGAGCUCUCACGAGUCCCGUGGCUGCUUCAACCCCUAACUCCACUGCUGGUGCAGCCAUGAAUUCUCUGACCUCUCUUGGGACUCUGCAAGGAUUGGCUGGAGCCACUGUUGGACUGAAUAAUAUUAAUGCACUAGCAGGUACCAUAAACAUUGCUCAAAUGCUCUCAGGUAUGGCGGCUCUCAACGGAGGACUUGGCGCCACAGGCUUGACGAAUGGCACGGCUGGCACCAUGGACGCCCUCACCCAGGCCUACUCAGGAAUUCAGCAGUAUGCGGCAGCCGCACUGCCCACUCUGUACAGCCAGAGCUUGCUGCAACAGCAGAGUGCUGCGGGUAGCCAGAAGGAAGGUCCAGAGGGGGCAAACCUCUUUAUUUACCAUCUUCCACAGGAGUUUGGAGACCAGGACAUCCUGCAGAUGUUCAUGCCUUUUGGAAAUGUUAUCUCUGCUAAAGUCUUCAUUGACAAACAGACCAAUCUGAGCAAGUGCUUUGGUUUUGUUAGCUACGACAAUCCAGUCUCGGCACAAGCUGCUAUACAGGCUAUGAAUGGCUUUCAGAUCGGCAUGAAACGCUUGAAGGUGCAGCUGAAGCGCUCCAAAAACGACAGCAAACCUUACUGAUCCUAACCCCAGAGGCUCCCUGCUCUUAUUUUAGCUUUCUUAGGGUAAGUCCCACAAGCCAGCCUGUUCCCAACAGGGAAGGCAGAGAGGAGGAGGACCACAUGUGGCCAAGUUUGACCAAGAGAGACACUUAUUUUUUACAAUAAGGCCUCCAUUUCCCCCACCCAUUUCCCCCUGGCCCAGUUUGCCAUAAUUAAAACUUGGGCUAUCUUGUUUCUAUUGAGUAAAAUUCCUCCUUCAGUUGUGCCACUGUAUUAUCAUUUGUUUUGCAAUUUGAAUCUCCUUUUAGCUUUUCUAAAAUUUUUUUCAUUCUUUUUUUUUUUUUUAAGAAAAAUAUACACACAUAGAUAUAUGCCAUCUUGAGAAUUUAAAAUGCUAACGUGCAAUUCUAACUCUGAAACCACUGGUGCCCCAAGAGCACUGCCUGGAGAACUCACCCCUCCUUGCCUGGCGUCCGCCCCUCCACGGGCCCCAGCACCUAGGGGUUCCUUUGGUGGCCUAGUGAGAGGGAGAAGCCAGGAGAAGCACUUACUCAAAACACCACAAAAACGUCUUUCCACUACAUCGGUUUGUUUUAAUGGGUAGGAUUUUAUUUUAGGGUUCAAAGAAACAUGAGCAUUUACUGGUGAGAUUAUUACACUGGUUGUCAAUUUUGUUGUUUUAUUUUAGUUUUUAGAAAGGAUUAAUGUAAAAAAAGAUUUAGAGAUCUGUUUCUUAAAGCUACAGGGUUUAAAAAUAAAAUAAAAAUGAGUGAAAAUACUUGAUGUUUCUUGAAAGAUAAAUUUAAUAAUAAUAAAUAAAUACAUAAAUACAUAAAUAAAAAAGAAAGCCACAGGCCUGUAAAUUUUAUUUGUAAAAAAAGCAUUUCUAUUUUUAUACAAAAUUUUUACUGCCUCAGAAAUAAUGGAAGUUAUUUAUUGCCUAUUGUUAACUUAUUGGGUACCUAAAGAGCAGUUCUCUGUCUAGCUAGAACCUUCUGAAGUAGUCUCUAGAGGAAUUGUUCUAGGAAUGGGCUUUUUUUCACCGUUGAACCCUAGACCUAAAAGUUCAUGCUUUAUCCUCUCGUUGUUUGUAUCUGUCUUGAUUAUUUCAUUCGUAACUUCCAUGAUCUAGUUUACAGUUUGGUCGUCUGACUUCCCCCACCUCCAUGUCACCUUCGUUGAAACUGGACCCUCUCCCUUGUCCCUUGCCAGUCCCUCACCCCAAACCACCUGGAAUCCAUCCCCACUCACUCUCCAGAUGGAUUCUCUUGGGGUUUCAUUGUGCUGUGGAUAAAGAGUGUAAGAAAUGCAAAUUACGCGAAUGGCUCCUAGAUUCCCUAAUGACCUGAGAUUUGCAUUAGUUUUUCUCCUGCACCCUUGAAAGUGAUUUUGUUGCUGCUGCAUAGAUUCUGUGUAACUUUUUACUCUUCCUUGUUUUUUCCCUAGACAUCUUCAUGCCCGUUAGUUCAUCGUUUGCCUAGCAUGUCCCUGUGGCGUCUCAAAAAAAAAGUUUCAUCGUCCCGUCAUUGUUUCUGAUGUCUUUCUGACCUCACAUCAUAUUUGGUUCUCCUACUGACCUUUGAUCUAGUUUGACCUUUGAAAUUUGCAUGUGACCUCAUCUAGCUAUGAAUUCUGGGAAGUCAAUGUGAAAAACAUUGCUGCAUUCAUGCAAGACUGAAAUUUAUUAUUAGACAAAUUAAUUAUAGAAAAAAAAACCUGUGGCAAAAAUGUUUCUUUCGUACUUUUUUUUUUCUUUUCAUAAAACAGACUUGAAAGUAUUAUACAGGGAUUGGCAUUCUUCCCGGUCACUGGUAACAAUAGCAAUAUGUGUCCAGGGACACAGAAUGUUGGUUUCUAACAGACUACUUCCAAAAACAGUUUGAGAAAAAAAACUGUCUGAUUUUAAGUCUCUAGAGGUCUGUAAUAGUUUUUACAUUUUUCAGGCAGUGUAAAGUUUUUUGAUAAGGCCAUUUUAGGUGGCUCACUUUCUCAUUAAGAUAUAUAUAUAGAUCCACUUUUUGUAGAUUAGUAUAAGAAAAAUAUUUACCCUGUUUUGGGGCAAAUGCUACCUAUUUGUGUCACCUUUUGCUGAACUGACUCACAGUUAGACAAUCCAUGGUUUAAUGCACAUGAAAUUACCUAUAUUUUAUACUGUUUCAAUGUACAGGAGAAAGGUUACUGUAAACUGUGUUCUGUUGGUGCUUCUGUGAAUUAAGUUGUGGUUUCAUCAUGAGUCUUAUGGUCUUAAUGUUCUCUGUUGAUAAGACAAGUUUAGAAUUGGUUUACUUAAAACAAAAAAAAAAAGAAUUUCAAAAAAAAGUUGUUUGCUUAAAAAAAUUUCAUGUGAGGGAAAAAAAAACUAUUCCAGAAAUAAGUUUUGUGUUGGCUUGUGAAGCAUCAAUGUCAUUUUUUUUUAUCGUGGACUAUUUAGACGUGUUUGUGUUCAGCAAAAUGUGAUCUGUUUUUUUUUUCUUUUAAAGAAAAAAAGUGAAAAUAUAUAGUGCCAAAUUCCAAAGGUACUUCCUUCCUAGAGCUUCAGUGUGUUUCUUGUGAGAAGUAAUUUGAUAACAUGGGUAUUUUAUUAUGUGUUUUGUAUAAAUCCCUAAUAUUUAAAAAAAAAAAGGUUAAAAAGUUUGUUAACUUGCUAUCCUGUGGUCUUGUUGCCUGAAAUUGUUAUUGUUUGUUAUUUCUCUAUGAUGUUUUUUGUAAGACAUUGUAUAAGUGCCCAUGUCUCACUUUUUUAACCACUCUGCACAUCAAUGCUGUGAAGGCAACCUCACAAUGUAUUUUCUUCAUAAUCUAUGGAAACCUCUAAGGUGAGAAAGUUUUGAACUUCUAACCCUUUCUACCCAGAGCUAUCUGGAAUGUUGAUACUUUUUUAUACUGUCAUCAUCUGAAUUUGUUUUGGGGUGUUUCUAAUUUGGAUUUUGGUUUACCCAUGUUUCUAUCAUAAAGGGUUUUUUGUUUCCCCUUUGGCUGAGACCCAAGUGGGAAAAAAACUCGUAAGUCAAAUCUGAAGGGGAAAAAAUAAUACUCCCCAGUAUUAUUUUCUUUUUUUAACUUUGGGUCAUUUCUGGUCAUUUUAAAAGAAAGAAUUCCUAACGUGCUGUUGGAAUGCCUGCUUCAUUUCAAUUAAAAAAAAAAAGUUUGCUAGGUAUACCCUCGGAGGGGAGGACCAGGCAGCCCCAUCACCUCAGUGCAUCCUGAAAAUGCUGUGUGCUUUUCAGAUUGGGGUAAGUGCGAUGCUGUGGUCCGGAAUAACUUCAAGCACCUUGCAGUUAAGUGUGAUGGGAGAGUCUUUUGCAGGAUUUUGCUUUUGCUAUUUAAAUGCUCCUAAUCAUCCUUGUCGUGCUGGGGCGUCUGGGGCCCCAGUGGAUACUGCCAGAUUAAGCAAGGUGUCUGCAGCUAGCAGCCAACUAGUCUUUCCUUGUCAUUCAAAACAAAAAGUCAAAAAAACGGAUGUGUUUGAAGGGGUCUGACGUAGAGGUCAAGCUCAGUUUUGCAUCAGUUACUGACCAGACACUGAGAAAUAGUUCCUGCUGCUGCUUUGUCAAGUGCUAUACCACUCCUUCGCCUUCUGUGAGCAGACGAACCCUUGACGUCACAGCUGCAGCCACCACACCCCCUGGGGCACUCUGCAAGUUUCCUGUUCUUAGCUCCCUUGCCUUCCCCCAUGUCCCAGCCACCACCACCCCGUUUGGUUCUGUGUGUGUGUGGAUGCGAUAGCCCUGGAAUGGAAAGGACUAGCCUCUAAUGAUGCAAAAAAUAAUAAUA